AAAUUGGAAUUCACUGGUUCUGAAGUAUAAUUCACGACAACAUCUGAUGCUAGAUGUAGUGCAUACGAUAAUCAUUAUCGUAAAUUUAUUUUUAUUUUAUAUAGGAAACGUUACUGCGUUAUUUGCAAUUUAAAACUUCUUGUUGAUAAGGAAGCUGACAGGUGUCUUCUGCCCUGUGAAGAUAACUCGCCAAGAUGAGAGUAAACGGCCUUGUCCCAGCUCGCUUUCUAACGAUCAUAGCCCAUAUGGUCAUCGUCAUAGUAUUAUUAUGGUCACGAGAUGGAAAUGUAAAGCAAUGCCUUCCCCUAAGUUACACAGAUGAUGAAUACAAGACCAAAGACACAGAAAUGAUCAUUGGAUUAUCAGUGACUCUGGGUCUUUUUGUCAUAGAACUCAUCGGCUUCAUCGGUGGGAUCUCUAUGUUUAUGCCAUUCCAAAGUUUACUUUCUGUAGCAGCUCAUGCCGCAGGUGCAGUGACUCUCACAUUCUUUCUCUUCCAAUUAUGGUCAUGUGAUUACUACUGGUAUGUGUUUGCGUUCUGUGUAGCUCUUCCAGCCGUUGGAGAAAUAUUGACAAUGAUUGGAGUAGCAUUCUUUAGAAAAGGCUUAUAGUGAAGAAAGUGUGUUAAGUGUACACAAACAGUAGUAUAAAAGGUUCCUGGUGAUGUGACUAUAGGCUUGUAUAGCUCCUAACACACAGGAGUCAUUUAAUUAUAAACCAGUGAAAAUAGCUUGUUUUGAAAGUAUGUAGAAUUGUUCUGUUUUUAGACAUCGUAUGAAACCUUUGAGUGACAUUUUUAGUCAUGAUAAAAGUUUCAUCCUCAGUAUACAGUCAUAUUUAGGAAAAAAUGGUGGCUGUGUAAUUACAUAUAAUUAUUUAUUAUUACAGACUUCAUUGUAAGUAUUGUAAGUACAUGCAGGCUGUAGCAGAGUGUAAAAAACACUUGAUAAUCAUUAAUUUGCAGGUGAAGGUCGAUCUGUUGUUACCUUACCACAGUCUACCUAUCUAUAAGGUAUAUAAAAACAGACCUUAAGGUUGGUGAUGAAUACACAUAUCUCAGAUUUAUCAAACAAUGAACCGUCCAAUAUCAGUUACUGUUCAGUAGAGUUACUAUCUUCUGUUUUAUUGCAUUUAGGGUUAUCGUGUUGGGCUUAAUGAAGGGAAUACAGUGUAUGUUGUACAUGUAUACAUUACAGAUAAUGGGUUCAUUACAUUCAGAAGAUUUGAGGUCCAGGGUUAAAGUCCUGGUCAAGAUGUUGCAUUGAUUUUCCCAUCUCAUGUGGAAUUUCUAAGGCAUCACAGAAUUUUGAGAUCAAGGGAACUGGUUGUCUUUUUGAAGGUUUGGGGGUAAAUGUGCAAAUACACUAUGUCGCAUAUAUCUGGAGGUCGGAAAUAGAUGUAUAUAUGUAAACAAUGACCAACAGAGCCAAGAAAAAAAUGUCUUUUAUUCAUGUGCUGAUACUGUAGAAGAGGUUUUUGCAGAAGAAUUGCUAGAGUUUAGGAUAUCCACUAUAAUUAAUUUACAUGCCCUAUGUGUUACUGAAUUGUGCAAGCAUUAUUAUUACUUACAUAGUAGAAGAGUAUUUCUUUAAGCCUCGGUUGGAAGAAUUAAAUUUCAUUGUUUACAACUUAACACUGUACAUCUUGUGUUGAAAAGACAUAUUUUAGAAUGUACUUGUAUCAAAUAAUACAUGUGAAAAUUUAAUAUUUUGAAGCAGGAGAAUUUGCUCUAUUAACUGUACAUAUUUGAAAGUGUCCUUGGUUUUGAUUUUUAAAAUAUCAUAUGCUUUAUUGUCCAGACUCACAAACACUGAUGUUACCAAAAUGAAUGUUUAAAAUUUUGUCUAUUUUACAUUAGUUGUGAUACAAGUAAUUUUAUUUUAUAUUAAUCACUGUUGUUUGUCCUGAUGUAAGCGUGCAAGUGGUCUUACUGUUGGAGUAAACCAGGGUGGCUGAGGUAACCCCACAGGAUCGGAGAGGUGACCCUCAUAGCUUUUUAGGUCAUCUGACCGAAGGGUCUGAUGACCUAUUGCGAUCACCUUUUGUCUGGCAUCGUCCGUCGUGAAUAUUUUCAAGUUCUACAUGUCUCAUUGAGCUGAAAUUUACCUGAAAUGAUCGUGACAUGAUCCUGACCAAAGUUUGUUAAUUUCGGGUUGGUUCAAAAUCCAACAUUGCCGCUAUCUUGAAAACACAUUUUCGACUUCUUCUCAAGUUCAAAAUUUGAAAUCUUGUAUUUUAUGUUAGAUGAUCAUUAAGGCUAAUGGGCCUCUUGUCUCAUCUUUUUGGGGAAUUAACAUACAGGUGUCUAGGAGAAAGGCAAGUGGGUAACUGCAGUGCCAUCUCACCAUCCAGUGGAGGGCAAUGGAUUACAUGAAACACUAUGCAAAUAUAUUUUUUUCUAGAUGAAGGCAGAUUGGACGUCUGCCUUUAUUUCAGUAAACAAGCACACAAGUUACCAUUCUGAUCAGAGAUUGUUUCUUAGGAUAGAUAUUUCACUGUAUCUUUAUAAUGAAGCAUUGAUAACAACAUACUAAAAGGCUUACAGUUUCGAUAGUUUAUUAUGCUGGCUUAUGGAACAAAAAUUCAAUAUAUUCAUUGAAGGAUGCAAAACAAAGCCAUACAGCCUCUCAAAUCAAUUCUAUCGCGAAUGGUAGACAAAAAAAACUAGGAUUGUGAAAGGUGAAACAGCACAUUCAUUUUGUCACAACAGAUUUUUGAAUGUAUACGUAGUGACAGUAGGUGCAGAUGAGUGAAUGUAUCUGUUGAAUUUUGAAAAGCAACGUCAUUAUAAUUUUCAUGUAUGUUUUUAGAUGUUUUUUUGUUAGUGUAAUGAGAACCAGCAGUAAAUAAUAUGAAGAUUUCGCCAUGAAUUUAAACUUUCUUCAUCAGAUAUUAUCAUGAUACUUACAUCUAAUGUCAUAUGUAUCAGCAACAUAUGUAUGUGUGGCAUUUA